AACAGAAGCUGCGAAGUAAAUAGCAUAUAAAUAGUGGAAAACGUGUUAUAAAUAAAUAGUAGUUGACUGCAAAAUCGCCAGAUUAUUCAUCACAAGGUCGUAAUUCUGUGAAUAACAGGUGCAUGUGGACGUGAUAUUUGAUACAUUUAGAUCCUACAGUGAAACAAGCAGCUGCUGGACUUUUCGAUGUUUAGUUGAUAUUUUCUGGAGCGAUGUCUGCAAUAGCCACCGCCUCAGCUACCACUGUGUCAGUGGACGAAGAUGCCGACGAGUGUGGACCGCAGUUGAUAUCGAAAUUAGAGGGCAAUGGUAUCACAUCGGGAGACAUAAAAAAGCUAGAGGAAGCCGGGUACCACACAGUUGAGUCCGUGGCAUAUGCACCAAAGAAAUGGCUGGUUACCAUCAAGGGCAUCUCGGAGCAGAAGGCGGACAAAAUACUGGCAGAGGCUUCCAAACUUGUGCCCAUGGGCUUUACUACUGCUACAGAGUUUCAUCAGAAAAGGGCAGAGAUCAUACAGUUAACAACGGGAUCUAAAGAGCUGGACAGGCUGCUAGGUGGAGGUAUCGAGACGGGCUCCAUCACGGAGAUAUUCGGAGAGUUCCGCACGGGCAAAACACAGAUCUGCCACACUUUGGCAGUCACUUGUCAGCUGCCGAUUGAGCAAUCAGGCGGUGAGGGUAAAUGCAUGUACAUCGACACGGAGGGCACGUUUCGGCCGGAGCGCCUGCUGGCCGUGGCCCAGCGUUACGGCAUGGAGGGUGGCGCGGUUCUGGACAAUGUGGCGUACGCGCGCGCCUACAACACCGAUCACCAGACCCAGCUGCUGCUGCAGGCCUGCGCCAUGAUGGCCGAGUCCAGAUAUUCACUUAUAAUAGUAGACAGCGCCACAGCACUUUACAGGACAGACUAUUCAGGCCGGGGAGAGCUAAAUCCGAGACAGCAGCACCUGGGCCGCUUCAUGCGAAUGCUGCUCCGGCUGGCCGAUGAGUUCGGCGUAGCAGUGAUAAUAACCAACCAAGUGGUCGCUCAAGUGGACAGUGUGGGAGUGUUCAACGCGGACACCAAGAAGCCCAUCGGUGGGCACGUGCUCGCCCACGCCUCCACCACCAGGCUCUAUCUGCGGAAGGGCCGCGGCGACAACCGCAUCUGCAAGAUCUACGACAGCCCGUGCCUGCCCGAGACGGAGGCCAUGUUCGGGAUCAGCACCGAGGGCAUCACGGACGCCAAGGAGUAGAUUUAGGGCCACCACACACCAGCGUCUUUCGAGCGUCGGCGUCUAUACUGAAAAUCGUAAUUCAAGACCAAAAUAAGUAAGACAAUGUUGCCACUUUUUACUAGCGCGUAAAAAUAAUUAACUAAAAGUACUUUUUUAAAUCGUAGGAGUAAAAUUACCAAUAAAGAAAUUAUCUUAGCGUGUUUAUUUAUAAAAAGGAAUUUACUAUUUUAUAAACAAAUUAUUGCAGUGGCACUGUGGCAACAUUGGCUUACUUUUUUGGUCUUGAAUUACGAUUUUCAGUUUAGUGGAAAAUGGCGUCGCUGCGCAGGCCUUUCCUUUCGGGCACGGACACACCACGACGUCUCUAUGCGUGCACGAUAACAGAUAAGAUAAUGAACUAAAUAGUUGAAAGGGUGCCAUAUAUUACAAAGGGGCAGCAUGAUUCGUCCCUGAAUCGCUGUCAAAUUUCGGUUUCGUAGGAAGUGUUCUUUCUGUACGGUAGUACUAUUAUUUAUUCUGUGGUUCCGUCAAGCUGCAGCCACAGCCAUAGAGUUGACUAGACGCCGACGCUCAGGAGACGCUAGUGUGGGCCUUUCUUAUAGUAGGAGAUCCCACAUAUAUGGUCGACCUUCACCAAUCUGUCUGACGGAUGAAACUAUGAAGAUAUGAAAGAAAAUAUGUUCCAGAACAUAAAUAAAUAGGGUUGCCUAAAGAAAUAUGGUCAAGGCUAUUUUUAAUAAAUUUUUGAAAAAAAAAUUAUUUUUGGCAAAUUUCAUCGAUUUGUCUGACGAACGAAAUAAGUUUCAAUGGAAAUAUAAAAAUAACCGUAUUUAUUUCAAAAGACCUACCCAACGACAUGUCAAACUCUAGGGUUGAAGCUAAAAAAAUGGUCACAUAAUUUUUUUUUCUUUUUUUUUUUCGUUUGAUACCUAUGUUGUAAGAUGUCAUUUGAUAUGAGUUUUAAAAUAAAUAGGGUUCUUCAAAAAACAUUUUUUGAUAAAGUGAAUAUUUUAGGAAAUAAUCGCCUCGAAAGAAACAAAAUGUACGUGAGGAUUUUUUUUGGUGUCAACCCUAUGGUGUGGGAUGUUGUUGGAAAGGUCUUUCAAAAUGAAUAGGAGUUUUAGAAGAACAUUUUUUGAUACAGUGAAUAUUUUCGGAAAUAAUCGCUUUGAAAGAAACAAAAUGUGUGUGACAAUUUUCUUAUCGUUUCAACCUUAUAGUGUUGGGUGUCGUUGGAUAGGCCUUUCAAAAUAAAUAUGGGCAUUUAAACAACAUUUCUUGAUAAAGUGAAUCAUUUCGGAAAUAAUCGUUUAGAAAGAAAAAAAAAGGUUUUUCCUUCUAACUUUUGAACCAUCUAGCAUCUGUCCCAAAAAUAUGGAAAAAAAUCAUAAAAAUAGUGCUUAGAAAACUCAACCAAAUAAAAUUAAAACAAACUUGAUCAUUUAAGCCGUUUAUGAGUUAUCGCUAAAAGUCUUCCCUUCUUAUUUUAAUUACAAGCCUGGCAACCCUUAUUUGUGACCGGAUUUUCGCAGGCAACCCUAUACCAUUGUAUUUGCAAUAAAAUUACCAUCAUAUUGAUGUAUAAUUCAAGCGUCAGACAGAUGAGUGCAAUUAUUGAUAUAAAAUCACCUCUUUAAUAGUGACGGUCUCACACGGCAACCACAUAAUAGUGACCGGAAAAAGAUAGGCAACCUAGUUGAUUUAUGUUGUACAAGUUGUAUACUUUUCAUUGAAACUUAUUCCGUUCGUCAAACAAAUCGGUGAAAUUUGACGAAAAAAAAUUUUUUUUUUAUUUAUUAAAAAUAGCCUUGACCAUAUUUCUUUAGGCAACCCUAUUUAUUUAUGUUCUGGAACAUAUUUUCUUUCAUAUUUUCAUAGUUUCAUCCGUCAGACAGGUUGGUGAAGGUCGACCAUAUGUGGGAUCUCCUACUAUUAAGGCUUGACAAUUAAGCAAUGGUAAUAGACAUAUCGUCGUCGUAGAAUCUUUGUCUGAACUAAUUGGGAACGAGACUAGUUUGGAUAAUCGAAAUGUUUUUUGGGACAAGAUCAAACAAAAACAAUACAGUAUAUACUAUUUGACGUACAAAUUAACGUUAAAAAUAUAACCCUUUAAAAACCUAAACCUAAUAAACAUAUAAUGGUUUUUAAAAGGGUCGGCAACGCGCAUGCACCUCCAGAAUGCAGGCGUCCAUAGGCUAUGUAGACUGUUGACCAUCAGGCGGACCAUAUGCUUGUUUGCCUUCGACGUGGUAUAAAAAAAACAUGAAAAAAGUUCGUAUAAACCAAGUCAGCGUUCGGAUGAUUGUGUGUUCGGAUAAUUGAGGUUAUAUUCUAAGUGAUGUAUUUGGAAUUGGAACCCAUAUGGGGUGUCCAGCUCCAAACGAGUCGGUACAUACCUCAAGUGUAACAAAAUAGACUGUCUGAAGUGCCUAACUAUAAGUUUAAUUGUAUUUCUCAUGUUGACACGACAUGAUGGGUUAAAAUUCAAGACAUUUUAUCUGUGUGAAGAGUAAAAUCGUAUUAAAAGAUAAAAAAAAAGGCUGACCAUGACGCAUAUCGCUGCCCCAAUAUUACAGGGUUCUAUGUUUCACUUUUAUCGAACUAAAAUUUGAACAUUGUCAUAGUGACAUUAAGUCGAAUUUCAAAUAUCUUGAAAAUGUAACAUAGAACCCUGUAAUAUUGGGCCAGCGAUAUAUGGCACCCGCACGACGACACUUCAUAAAACGUAGUAGGUGUUUGUUUUCAUGGACAAACUGUAAUUUAAGCUGCAAACGAUAUUGAUUAUUUAGCUAUUUAUAGUCCCAUCUUUUUGUUUUAAUUUUAUUGUAAAUACGUAAUUGUGAUACUCAGCGAGACAAAUAAAAAUAUGAAUUAUA